GAGCGUAGUUAAUAUCGCAUGCUCAAUUUCUAAAACAACUCGAUUUCUAGUUAAUCGGCCUUGUCAAGCUAGCUAGCUAAUUUAGCAUAGAUAGCUAGCUAGCUAAGUUUUGAAUUCCGGGUUUGCAUUAUAUUUGUGUUGUUCGUUUUUUCUGUCAAUGUAUUCGUUUUUCUUUGAUUAUGUAACUACCUGAAGUUUUGUUAAAAUUUUCUGGGUUUUCAGGUCAAAGAUUAAUAACAAAUUGUCAGUCUCGGCUCUGUCCUACCACCAGCCAAGAUGUGCAGCUAUCACCGUACUGUCAGGGUAUUGGUGCAGGUGCUUUGGGCCCACCUUCUCUGUGGAUGGGCAUUCGGCUCUGAGCUUACAUUUGAGCUCCCGGAUAAUGCAAAACAGUGUUUCUAUGAAGAUAUAACCAUUGGCACUAAGUGUACACUUGAGUUCCAGGUUGUCACUGGUGGACAUUACGAUGUUGACUGUCGUCUGGAGGAUGCAGAUGGCACCGUUCUUUAUAAAGAAAUGAAGAAGCAGUACGACAGCUUCACAUUCACUGCGGCCAAAAAUGGAACAUACAAGUUCUGCUUCAGCAACGAGUUCUCCACCUUCACGCACAAAACUGUCUACUUCGAUUUCCAAGUAGGAGAGGAUCCCCCUCUGUUCCCCAAUGAGAACAGGGUCACUGCUUUAACCCAGAUGGAGUCUGCCUGCGUGUCCAUUCAUGAGGCCCUGAAGUCGGUCAUUGACUAUCAAACACAUUUCCGUCUUCGGGAGGCUCAGGGGCGCAGCCGUGCCGAGGAUCUCAACACGAGAGUGGCUUUCUGGUCCAUCGGGGAGGCCUUCAUUUUGCUGGUGGUCAGCGUCAGCCAGGUGGUCUUACUGAGGAGCUUCUUUUCUGACAGAAAGACCACUACCACGCGCGUUGGGUCCUAACGUUUCCCCGUCUCAUCUCGGUCACCUCCACGGGGGACUUGAUCUAGCGCCAACAACCACAGUUCAUGGCAGAUUUUUUUUUUCUUCCUUUUCUUUUUUAGAUGCCAUUCAAAGAAUUACGAUUUUUAAGGUUCAGGUUUUGAAGUUAUUUUUAACGAACCCGGUGGAUUACCUAAAAUAAGCCUAACAAAUGUUGGCAAUGUAACAAUGUAUUUAUUAUGUCGGUGCAUAUUGUCAUUGUUAUUUUUUUGUUGUUUAACUGAAUGUAUGAAUCUGCUAGUAGCCUGUCUUGCAGUUGUAAUUUGAGACUUAGUUGAUACAUUCAAUUGUUGUUGCAGAAUUUAAUUUGCACACUGUUCUCACUUCCUCAGAAAUGACUACAUUCAGUCUUGGUUUUUAAAUCCACUCUGAGAAUAAACAGAUCCAAAUAACUGAUGUAGAUAAUUGGUAGGCAUAGUUGUUUUGUGAGAUUCUACUCGGCUUUUGGUAAAAAAAAAUAAAAAUAGGUUGAAUUAGGUAAACUGGCAGUGACUUGGUGCAUUUUCAGGAUUUCAAUCGUCUUAUUGUAACAGUUUUUUUGUUCUUGAUAAGAACAGGUUAAAAAAAAAACAGAAUAAUGAAGAUGGUGUAUCUACAUUAUUUAAUUUUUUAUGUUAGGCAUUUCGUUGGUGUGGUUUUUCUAUUUUGGUUUUGCGUCCUGUUUUACUAUUUCUGCACCGUCGUCAGCGUUUUGGCACUCAAAGGAAUUGUUUUCUUGCCUAGCUGAAUAAACAUUGUCUGUUAAACCUAUUUGUUUGGACUGAAAAAGUAAAUAAAUGAUUGACAGCUGUUGAGAUAUAUUA